AUGGCGGGUUAUAGAAGAUGUAAUAUCUGUCGGGUUGAGGGACAUUUCGCUAGGGAUUGUCCUACUGUCAAGAGGACAGGUCAGCAGACUUCCCAGGCCGGGAGAGCACAUCCGAGGAGCGGUGCCAGACCGCAGGCUUUAGGCAAAGUGUAUGCUAUAUCAGGGUCAGAGGCAGCCAGCUUAGGUACUCUUAUUGUUGGGCAUUGUAUGUUGAAUGGUAGAGAAUGUUGUGUAUUAUUUGAUUCUGGAGCGACACACUCCUUUGUGUCAGAAGAUUGCGUGGCUAUUUUGGGUCUGGUAGUGAGGGAGUUACAGUAUGACUUGGUUGUAGCAACUCCCACUUCAGGGUUGGUCAAGACAUCUACCUUGUGUGCUAGAUGUUCUGUGGUUGUAGAAGGACAUUGUGGUGAGAAGAAUUUAGUUUUUCCUGAAGAGGAAGGGGCAGUGUUGUUGUCUUCAGGGCAGCUGAAGCAAGAUUUGGUAGAAGGUGCUUGUUGCUUUCUCGUGUUAUCGCAUCUGUCAGUUGAGCAGAGUGGGCAUGGUUUAGAUCACUCAGUGGUGAGUGAUUUCUUGGAUGUGUUUCCUGAGGAAGUGUCGGGAUUGCCUCCUCAGAGGGAAGUCGAGUUCUCUAUUGAUUUGGUGCCUGGAGCAGGACCAAUAUCGAUAUUGUCGUAUAGAAUGGCUCCAGCUGAGCUGAAGAAGCAAAUUGAGGAUUUGCUUGAGAAACAAUUUAUCAGACCAAGUGUUUCUCCGUGA